CUCCAGCUACAGCUGAGUCAAAGAAAAGUUUAAGAAACAACAAUUUCUGAUUAUUUACCAAUUGAAACCACGCAAUUUUGAAACAUGAAGGUAUUCAACAUUGCGGUUGCAGUUAUCAUUUUGCUCAGCUAUAUUUUAUUACAAGAGAGCUCUGCCUCGCCAUUUACUGAAGAAAAAGUUGAAGUGAGAGACGACAAUUUGGAAGCUUUUGAGAUGCAGUCAGAGCCAUCAAAGAUGAAUGAUAAUGUCAGAGACAAACGAAGCAUGGAUGAAAAAGAUUGCCGCGUAUGCUGCAACUGCUGCCAUCGUGGGCCAACUUGGUGUGGUCUCUGCUGUGAAUGGUGAUUUCUGGAAUCUCUACUGGUACUUCUGUAGUGUCAUCAAGCUCUUUUUUUAUCACAAUAAAAAAUGAUA